UUUGUUUAAUCUUUGUAGUAAAUUCAUUUGUUUCAUUUUCAAAUGCAACUUUUAUUCCUGAACGAAAUGCGACGAAUCCAAUGAAUUCCCAAAUAUCUGAGUUGAGAGCUGGUCAGAAACAUCACGACAAGUUGAUUGAGGGACUUUUCAAGGCAAUGGAUCUUCAAGUACUGAAAGCGGAACAGGAUCGACAGGGGAAAUUAAUAGAAGAUCUUGUUAAGGCAAUGGAUAUUCAGAAUCGUCAGGAAAAGUUAAUAGACGGACUAGUUAAGGCAACGGAUAUUCAAAGUCUCAAAGCGGAACUAGAAGAACAGAAGAGAGAUGGAGCUGAUAAGGAUUCGAAAAUUAAAUUCCUUACAGAGGAGCUGACGCGUCUGGCAAAACUAAUGGGUGAUCUUAAUAAACAAUUUAAUAAUCAAUCUCUUACAGUGAAGCAUGAUGAACAGAAAAUAGUGAUAGAAGAAGUUGUUAAGGAAUCGGAUAAAGACAAUUUGAAGCCCCAAACUGCCGAUUGUACCGGUGCCAAGUCUAACGGGUUUAACGUAAUGCUCCUCUCGAACUUUAGUAGUCAACCUUUUCAAGUGGCCUGUGAUGAGGAAACUCAAGGAGGAGGCUGGACGAUUAUCCUGAGGCGGAGGGAUGGAAGCGAGAACUUCUAUCGGAACUGGACCGACUAUAAAAAAGGAUUUGGAGAUUUGAGUGGCGAAUUCUUCCUGGGGUUGGACAAAAUCCAUGCUAUAACGGCAGACAGAAGUCAAGAGUUGCUUGUGGUCCUUGAGGAUUUCGAGGGCAAUGGAAGAUUUGAGAAGUAUGAGGAGUUUGCCAUCGGAGAUGAGGAUCAACAAUAUGUCUUACACACUCUGGGUAAAGCGAGUGGAAAUGCCGGGGAUUCACUUCGUAGUCAUUAUGACUCGAAAUUUUCAACGUUUGAUCGAGAUAAUGAUAAAAGCUUUUAUAACUGCGCCGAAAGAUACACUGGCGCCUGGUGGUACGAAAAUUGUCACGACAGCAAUUUGGCAGGCAGAUUUGGUGACAGUUCUGUUAGCAAGGGCAUCAAUUGGAAAGCUUUUAAGGGUUACAAAGACUCCCUCAGAAGAGCCGUGAUGAUGAUUCGACCGAGAAAGUGAACACUAAGCUCGACAAAAUCAAAAGCUGUUGCAUAAAUCUAAUUUAAUGGCUUCUGAGAAUCGUUAAUCUAAAUUAUGUUGACCUGAAGAGCUUCAAAUUCAAUAAAUUCACUUAAAUUGUCUUAAAUUUGA